AUGGUAGAUGAGAAAAUUGCGGCUCUAGCGGCAGAGUAUGAAAAAGCAAGAAAACAGAAUAUUCAGUUGAGAGAGGCUCUCAAAGCAAAAGACAGACGGAUUCAAGAGCUAGAAUCAAAGUCAGCCGGUGGCGAUGCUUCCGGCCUUCGCAAAGAAAUCCUCUCUCUUCGAUCAGAACUAGACUCUCACCUCUUUGAACACAACAAGCAGAUCUCCGAUUUAAACGGACAAAUCGACAGGCUAAAGCAUGAAAAUGCCGAACUUCUGGAAAAGCAAAAAGAGCCGCCAGAGACUUUCGAACUGGCGAUUCAAACUGAGAAUUUAUUCGAAGAAGAUGACCAGGCGGAGAUUAAACGGUUGCAAGGUGUUAAUGUAGAGCUCUCAGCGGAGAUUGCGGAAUUGAGGAAGAAGCAUGAAGCGGAAAUCAGCGCGAUAAUGCUUUCAAAAACGCUCUCGAAUAAAAAUCCGGUCAGCUUGCCUCAAGAACUGAAGAUCAUCGACGAGUCCGACUUAGGCACGGUGAAAAACUGGUCCGAAAACAAUGUCUACGGCGUGGAGACCUUCUAUCAAAUUAGAAUCAAUAACUUGAUCGAAACAAUUCAACAUAUGCUCGCAUCAACAUCUCUCAGCAGGGCUGAAAUGAAUGCAAGUUGCAACCGACUACAACACACCGAACAACAGCGUCUCUCUGGAAUCAAUCAGCUACGAGAGGAACAAGAAACAAGGAGAAAACUCGAACAAGAGCUCGAUACCACGAGAAAAGGAUACGAGGCUCAGUUGAAUACGAUGACAGAAGAGCUGGCGCAGUAUUUAAACAAAGCCGAUGGCCUAAACGGGACAUCAGAAGUUGCGACAAACGAAAAGAAGAAACGUGGAUUCGGCGCGUUCUUCUCCAAAAGUUCAACAUAA